AUGGCUAGCUCCUCAACGGCUCGCGCCCUGAGCAGCCUUGCUUCUGCUUUGAAGGAGGAGGCAUCUUCGGAUAAGGAUGUGCUACCUUACACGAAGGAACAUGGGUGUUUGGCUGAAAAGGAUCGACACAAGUCGGCCCCUUGGACCACAUGGCCCAAUCUCGCCUACCAAUUCAAACUUGUUAUCACAGGAUGGGAUUCUGCCAUGGUCGACAUAGCCUUCUGCCCGGGAUUUGCACCUACGAAGAUCACGAGCUCUCAAUGGAAGCACCUAUCGACUCUGAUUGUAAAGAAGCUCUUGGUGGUGAAGCCCUGGUCGGACGAGCAAAGACUAAUCCAAGAGAGUGAAGCUUGCUUCGGUGAGAUCCCUGUCAUUAUUAACUUCGAAGGUCUUCCGAUGGUCUUCGUCAAAGACUCGAGCAAAUGGGUCCGUGGCAAUUGCUCCAUUUUGGCCCCAAUGAAGAAGCGUGAUCGGAAAGGUGAUACAUCUUCGCCUGUCAGUUCUUUCCCUUCAUCUCCCACAUUGUCCACGAAGAAACGAUCACAUGACACCGCCAUGGCCUCGCCUGAAGAAGAACUCAAGCAUAGGUCCACAAGAGAGUACCGCCGUCUGCCGAAACAACCAGAAGUGGAACCUCCCGCUAAACGCCAACGUCACGUCUCCUUCGCCUCCCUUCCCGAUAACAUGUUUUAUACUAAACUUCGACGAGCUGAACACCCAAUCUCCUUCUUUGACCUACUCAAGAACCAGAAAACACCAGCUUCAUCGUCUCAUUCAGUUUCUCAACCCUUCGCUAGUUCUUCAGCUCAUGUUGCCUCCUCAUCUCGAUCAGUAUCUCAGCCUGUUGCUAGUACUUCAGGUCAUGCUCGUGUUUCAGGCAAACAUGCUGGGCCAGGGAAGAACUCUCAAGCUGUGUUCCUGAUUUGCCUUUGUCCAUACAUCAUUGUGCUGUGUCCCCCUCCUUUUGCCUUUGUCCACCUACACACCUUGCUCUGUCAAUUCCCUUUCCUAUAG